AAGGCUUAAUUGAAAACCAAGUUCAAACUCCAGUAGAGUAAAUCAAUCAGCUUGCAUCUUCUAAAGAGAAAAAAUGUCCUCCGCAUCCAAUGCCAACCUGGUUCUUCUGUCUGCAUCCACGAGCAGUGGCAACAUCCCGGUGACGAAGGAUGACCCGCCGUUGUCGCCUUUCAACGCCAAACUUCGUCGAAAACUACAAGACACUGCAACAGAAAUCGAACAGACUACGAACGAUAUUCGAGAAGCCACGUUUGGCAGCUCGUCUGAUCAACAUGCUGAAGGAGUUGGUGGAGGCGGCGCCACUACAACUCCCGGUAUGCCUGGGGAUAAUGUAGGUGACAAUGAAAUCACCAAGGACCACAAGCAUCCACCGGCAACAUCAAAACCACCACCACCUCCACCAACAGCGGGCUAUGCCACGACUCUACAACGAUUACAUAGGACGAUGGAUGCUGAGAUCAAGCGACGAGUGCAAGCUUCGAAUUAAGGCUGUAGCUAAUUAUGCAUCUUUGACUGCAUUCUUGAAACGUAUGGGGGAGUAGUAUCCCAGUGCAGCUGGAUAGACGCAGUAAUGCAGUUGGUAUGAGAAAGCAAACCUGUACAAAAGGUAUAAGCAUUUUCAAGGAUGAAUUACGGAGAGCGUUAAUCGCAAGCUUUGUCGCAUUUAGUGGAAGACAUGGCUCAUGCGAUGUUCUUACGUGGAUCACGCAAAGCUGCAGACCAUAUCAGAGGUUUAGCAGUGCAAAUCCAGGCAUUGAGAACGCGAUGUGGUACUCUGGAGCGGAAAAAGCGAGAAAUUGGGACGGACAGCACAGAAUUGCAGCAGAUUCGCAGUAGGCUCUUGGAAGUGCAAGUUGCAUUUAUGAAGAUGAUUUGGACGCGUGUUAUUUAAGUACUAGUUGUUUCAUGAUCUGAAUUUGAAACAUGAAAAUGCAAGAGCUGCGAGAUUAUAUCCUGUCAUCAACAUGAUAUUCACGUUUCAUUUAUUUCUCAACAUCCUGCUCAACAAUAUCAAUAAUAUCUUCCAGUUCUCCUCCACGACCUCUUUCAUACCCAUAAGCAAUCUCGAGUCUGCUUUGGUCACCAGCUUUGCUCCUCAGUGUGAGCGCAUGGACACAGCUGUCGAGAAGUAUAUCGACUCAGCCGAAAAGAAGGACCUCGAUAACAUUCAGGCAUUUGCUGAUUCCGCACCUAGUGUAGGAGAUUUACAGUUGAUUUUGGAAGAAGAGACGUCGAGGGCGGAAGCGGUGGGGGAACAAGUUAAGGGAAGGAUAUUGUCUUGCAGAUAGGAUACUGUCGUGAAGAUAACGGGAAAUACUGUAAGUUGUACUAGAACUAGAUAGAACUACAGUACUUGUUCGAUAGGUCGUUGGACACCGAUAUCGAUUGGUUAGAUAUUACCGAUACUAGUCUUAUCUCUCAGUCCCACACCCUCACGCACACACUCCGACUCCUUUCUUCUUUCAUACGCCACCCCUCAACCACAAGCGAGCAGAAGCCGACACCUGCAGAAGAGUUUCACGCCUACUGCCAAGAGGCUUUACUGUACUUACGGAAGACGUCGGAUGAAGCUAGGCAUCGAAGACAGACUAAGGAUAGCGAAAUCAUGGCUCUUGUAGACAAGUAUGCAGAAAAUGUAAGGGCAGGAAUACGGAAUGAUCCGGGAAGUAGCUCCUAAUCACUAGCAAGAUUCAACUGUAUCUAUGUGUAUCUUUAUAAAGUUAUAGAUAACAUAAGCACGGAGUUAGAUAUGCACGGAACAGAAAAAACAGAAGGUAGUACAAAGUAGACGUCAAGGUAAACUGAUCUCUCGUCAGUUGAAAAUCUAGUAGAUGACAGUGAAAGUGAAAAAGGCGCAUGUGGUGCAUUGUUCAAAAAGGCAUUGCAGAGUCUGCAAGUGCGCGUAGCUCAUUGCGUUUUCCGAAUAAGUAUAAAUAUGAAAUCGGGUAAGCAGAAAAAGAACGCGGUGCAAAUACUUCAAAUUGUGAAAAAUAAAUCGCUGUGAUAUUAUAGCACAAGAAUCUUC